UGGCUCUGACGUCAACGAGAUUGUCUGCACUAGGUGAGUCUCGCGCUCACUGCCUUCCCUUCGCCUCCUCUCUCGGUCGGUUAUUGUGAAUAGAUUGAACGAUGAGAUCGCUCGCGUUCGCUUUCAUCAGUGCCGCCCUAUAGAGACCCCCCAGCCCCGAGGCUCGAACACAACGACCCCACCCCCAGCUCCAAGAGGGACGGAGAAAAAACCCUGCUCGGACCCGGCUUCAUUUGCCCUCAAUCCGGGCCUCAUGCUGUAGCAGACUGAACGAGCGAGAGAGAGAGACAAACACACAGAUUGAGUCGGCGAGGGACAGGGCGGAAUAGAGGAGAAGGGAUUGUUCAUUCGGCUCUAGACAUGGGAUGUACACUCAGCGCCGAGGAGCGCGCUGCUCUGGACAGGAGCAAAGCCAUCGAGAAAAACCUGAAGGAUGAUGGAGUCACUGCCGCAAAGGAGGUGAAACUGCUACUGCUUGGGGGAGGAGAAUCGGGCAAAAGCACCAUCGUCAAACAGAUGAAGAUUAUCCAUGAGGAUGGUUUUUCUGGGGAUGAUGUGAAGCAGUAUAAGCCUGUGGUCUACAGCAACACCAUCCAGAGCUUGGCUGCCGUCCUCCGAGCUAUGGACUCUCUGGGCAUCGAGUAUGCUGACAAGGACAGAAAGGCGGAUGCUAAGCUGGUGUGUGAUGUGGUCACUCGUAUGGAGGACACAGAGCCCUACUCUGCAGAGCUGCUGACAGCUAUGAAGCGUCUGUGGGCCGAUGCCGGGACCCAGGAGUGUUUCAACAGGGCCAGGGAGUACCAGCUCAAUGACUCCGCUGCCUACUACCUGGACAGUUUAGACCGUAUUGGUGCUGGUGACUACCAGCCCACUGAGCAGGACAUCCUGAGAACCCGAGUCAAGACCACUGGAAUCGUGGAGACCCAUUUCACCUUCAAAAACCUGCACUUUAGGCUGUUUGAUGUUGGAGGUCAGAGGUCAGAGAGAAAGAAGUGGAUCCACUGCUUUGAGGAUGUGACGGCCAUUAUCUUCUGUGUGGCGCUAAGUGGCUAUGAUCAGGUUUUGCAUGAGGAUGAAACAACUAAUCGCAUGCACGAGUCCCUCAUGCUCUUCGACUCUAUCUGUAACAACAAGUUCUUCAUCGACACCUCCAUCAUCCUCUUCCUCAACAAGAAGGAUCUGUUCGAGGAGAAGAUCAAGAAGUCACCACUAAGUAUCUGUUUCCCUGAAUAUACAGGUGCUAACACUUAUGAUGAUGCUACCGCAUACAUUCAGGUGCAAUUUGAGAGUAAGAGCCGUUCGCCCAACAAGGAGAUCUACUGUCACCUGACCUGCGCCACUGACACAGGAAACAUCCAGGUAGUGUUUGACGCAGUCACUGACAUCAUCAUCGCCAACAACCUGAGGGGGUGUGGCUUAUACUGAGGCCCAGCCCUGCACAGAGGUUGCAUUGGAGGGUGUGAGGUGGUUAAUAAUAAUAAUAAUUUUGAUGAUAUUAAAAGGCAUAAUUAUGUAAAUCUACAUGUCCAAAGGGACCCAAAGAGCUGCCGCCAGACACCACGACGGAUUCUUUGCCAUGUUCUGUUCCUCUAUUCCUUUUUUUUUUUUCAGAAUUCCACCACCCCUCUUUUGUUUAUUUGUUAUCAACAUGUUUCCUACUGAAUGUCUUUCAUGUUUUGUUGUUGAUUGUAUGAACAACUGUAAGCUGUAAAUCAGAAAAGGGGAGGUCCAAGGGGUAUAUUCAGUUUUCGUGCCAUGUUUCGCAACAAAUUAGAUAGAAAUGUUAUGCAUAGAGCAGAGAAGGUCCUAUUUUCCUUGUGAUAGAGAUUUGUGUCCGUUCUAUACAUAACAUCUCUAUCUGCAACAUCCAGAACAUUGAGCCCCACUGAAUGUACCCCUUGGUGCUCCAUUUGCAGAGGUGAUGUUGUGCUCUAGGUGAGGAUGUAAUAGGGGAGGUGUUGUACUGGUGGCUGGGGCUCGUAGUUGGGGUUCUGUCCAGCGUUGGAUAGAACACCCCUCUCUUUUGGACUCACACAGGGCUGCUCUACAUGAGCUCCUUCUGCUCGGUUUUAUUCCUCUCUCUUUCAAACAUCCAGAAGGGUGGGCGGUUCUGUUUGUGUGGCAGGCUUUGCCAUUGGCCUCCUGCAGUGUGAUGAAAUGCCUGUCAGCCAAUGAUAUAUCUGUGUCGGGAAAGUGUGAUAUCAGUGCCAACCUUCUGAGCAUGACAGAUAGGGGAAUAUAAUUAGAGAUCAUUGAUCACUUUCACACUAUCUUUACAAUAUAACGUAAUUGAAGGGACGCGUACGCUUUAUUAUCAUCAAAUUAUUUAUGGAUUUUAUUUCAACCUCAUGCCCUCCUUGCUUCCUCCUACCUCCUAGAAUCCCGUGCCACAUAUUUAUUUCCUGUCCUGUCAGACCGGUGGAACACCACUUCCUGUCUCAGUCUCAGAGGGUUUAGAGCUGCUCUGAUGGACCGUCUCAAAUGUCACCUCCCAUGUAGUGUACUAUUUCUUCAAAAGUAGUACAUAAUAUGGGGAAUAGGUUAUCAUUUUAGACUUGCACACUCAAGUCCACUGGUCAGUGAUGUAUCAUAUGCUUGUCUCCUGGUCUCCUCUCACUUAUCACUUAUCACUGAGAUGAAAGGACUGGAUAGGUUUCCACCAUGUUGUUUUCACUCACUAGUCCUUACAGAUUUGUAGUUUUAGAAGAGGACAGCCACAGACCACUGACCAGUCGCUCUGCUUGUUCAAAAGGGUCUUCCUAGGUGCUCUUUAUGUAAUAAAACAUUAAUAUGUGAAUGCUCAGUUAUUUGGAAGUUGAGGUAAUUUGUAGAUUAGAUAAGCCACACAGUGCUUAGCUCAGGAUGACCCUUGUGAGCAAGCAUGCUAAAUUCCAAAUCCAUCCAUACUCCCCCCUCUAGGCAUUCCUGUAGAUUUGAAAGGAUUUGAUUGGUUUAACCUUUUCAUAUCCAUAACGGAAAUGUAUAAUUUCCUUUAGUAUACAUGUUCUCUGAGUUUACUGAUGGACAAAUCUGAAGAUUUAUUUUACAUCGGCCAAAGCGUUUGUCUACAAUGUGAGUUUUUGAUAUUGUACUAUAUUUAGUCUUUGGACACAUGGGGUUACUGUUUUUACACAUUUCAUGAAUCAAGUCCUGUGAAUACAUGUUAAAAUGAUCAGAUCUUUUACAUUUUUGGUAUAUAGAUUGUCCGGACCAAUAUAUAUAUAUAUAUAUAUAACAAUAUCUAAAGAAAUCCACACACACACCCCUAGAGUGCAUGCAGGAUAAGCAAAUCAAAUACAAGUCAAUAGAGUCUGCAGAGUGAGUGAUUUUACAGCAUUCUCCCUCUUUCUCAGAUCUUAAACAUGUUCACAUCUUAAUCAUUUUUGGUAUAUAGAUUGUCUGGACCAAUAUAUAAAUAUAAAAACUAUAUCUAAAUAAAUCCACACCCUCUAUCUCACAAGCAAAUUCAAUGGAGUCAUUUUAUGAGAUUUUUAUCUGAUUCUCAGAUCUAAAACAUGUUCAAAUCUUAAUAAUUGUCUCGACCAAUAUAUAUAAAAACAAUAUCCAAAGAAAUCUACAGACACUCCUAGAGUAUAUUAUACAGCAUAAGCAAAUCCAAUGUAAGUCAAUGGCGAGUGAGGCCUGCUACAGAAUUCUUUCUCUCCCUCACAAGCACACGCGUGUACACACACCACAGACGUCAAUGCACACCUGUGUGUGUGUGUAUGUCUGUGGUAUGUGUGUGUACACGUGUGCUUGGGAGAAAGAUACGAAUACGCUGAUAAAAUGACUCCAUUGAAUUUGCUUAUACUGCAUAUACUCUAGGGUUGUCUGUGUGAGAGUUUGUGGAUUUAUUUAGAUAUUGUUUUUAUAUCUAUAUAUCAAACAUUAUUAUGAUCUGAACAUGUUUAAGAUCUGAGAAAGAGAGAAAAUGUUGUAAAAUGUUUCUCUCUGCAGUCUCCAUUGGAUUUGCAAGUACUGCAUGUACUCUUGGGGUGUGUGUGUGAGAGAGUGAGUGUGGAUUUCUUUCGAUAUUGUUUUCAUAUUUAUAUUGGUCCGGACAAUCUAUAUACCAAAAAUUAUUAAGAUCUGAUCAUUUGAUCACAUGACAUGAUUUGUGUAAUGUGUAAAAUACAGUAACCCCAUGUGUCCAAAGACUAAGUAUAGUACAAUACAGAAACGGCUGUAGUUCACAAACAACAAUGAGUUGAAUCAUCUAUUUGGCGUAUUUGGGCUUAAACAGGUCAAAGAACAAUACUAUAUGUUUUUAAACAAUUUAAUUCUGAAAUGUAUUUCAAAAUACAUAUGCUGAAGUCAUUUGAAUGAUUUUUAUUGUCUCAAAAUCCCAACUUUGGAAGUAUGAUAGAUAAUGACAAUCUUAAAAUGUCAAUGUGGCCUGUCUAUACACUUGUACUAAUUAUGUUGACACCAAAUGUAAUGCAUUAACACCAAAUAGAAUGUGUUCAGUGGCACAGUUUGAUAUUGUACUUAAUAUAGUACAAGGACAUGAAUGGGUUAGGCAAUAUGGUAAUUGCGUCACCUUCUCUUCUGAUAGAGUGGGUGGUAUUUUUGCCACAUUGCUUAUAUAUAUAUCCAAUAGUUUUAGAUCUACAGGCGUGCCAAAGCGGCAGGGGCUGGGGUAGAGUUGGAAUUUAGCAGCAGUCUCUCUGUGGGGAGUUUGGGUUAACCAUAACCCCUACCCCCUGACCUCUUAACCCUGAGCAGGCCACAGUCAAACCCCGGCUGUCACGUUCUCUCUUUUCACAGAGGAAAAGUACUGCUCUCCACUCAUUCACCUGAAGAUCCUAUCCCCCCAUUCCUCUAUACUCCCUCUAUCACGUGUCGUUCCUCAUUUCUCUCAAUCCCCCUUUCCAUUUUCACCUUAAACACCGUACUGUAUAUAUAUGAUUAUACCAGAUUUCUUUUUUUUUACUGUGAAUGUUUUUGUUCUGCACUCCUUCCUCCUCCGUAGUUUAUUGGUUGCUCUCUCAUGUGGAAUGUUUGUGCUGAGCCAAUCGAAUGUUGUGUUUACAUUAAAGCCACACUUUUCCUAACUAUU